CGGAAAUAAGAAAAAUACCAAGAUAGUCAGCACAAAUAUUCAAAAUCACACAAUGCAUAAGGCAGCUAAAGAAAUGAAUGAGCAAGAAACUAAAAAAGAUUGUUUAGGCGAGGCGCCGGGUGUUCUCGCUAAACGAAAUAUAGUUCAGCCUGUGCCUUGGUGUCCCUUACCGGUUGCAGAUAAUACAGACAUAGAUCCUUCCUGUGACCCCGAUAAUCCCCGUAAGAUAACUUACAAAGAUGUGUCGAAGGCAAAUGCUUUAAUAAAGGAAGAAUUUUCAGAAACUCCGCUAUUGAGAUCCAAAUGUUGUAAGCAAUUUCAAAUGGACUUUUAUUACAAACUAGAAGUAUUUCACCAUACUGGAAGUUACAAUGAGAGAAAAGCAUUUUAUGCAUUAUCAAUGUUAAACGAAGAACAGCGAAGUCGAGGUGUUAUUACAGCAUCUUUAGGAAACUGGGCCCUGGCUUUAGCAUACUACGGUCAACGCUUGAAAAUACCAGUUACUGUGGUACUUCCAUCAAAUUCAUCAAUUAUCUAUGUAGGAAGAUGUCAUGAAUUGGGUGCAUUUGUGGUCUCAUUCGGAGAAAAUCUUGACGAAGCUAAAGGACAAGCCUUCGUUAUGCUUAAAAAAAGAGGACAAGUGUAUAUAAAUGGAUAUGACCAUCCGAACGUUAUCGCAGCGUCUGGUUCCAUUGGGAUUGAAAUUCUGCGACAGCUUCCGCAGACUGACGCCAUCAUAGCUCCGGUUGGCGGUGGUGGUCUUUUGGCCGGAGUAGCUGCUGCUGUUAAACACAUUAAACCAGAAAUUUUAGUCUAUGGAAUUGAAUCAAACAGAGCACGUAGCUUCUUUAAAGCCAUGGAAAACGAUGGACCUCAAAAAACUCCUGUUACUCGAGGAUUAGCAACGUCCCUCGCAGUGCCUAUUGUCGGUUAUAACGCUUAUCAUACUGCUAAAUCGUUAGUGGAUAAAUUGGUUUUAGUUGAUGAUGAUUGGAUCGCACGGGCUAUUUUACACCUAGCAGAGGAGGAAAAGCUAGUUGUAGAGGGAGCAGCUGCUGCAAGCCUCGGAGCAUUCAUGGCCCUUCCUGAUGUACUUCCAGAAUUGAGACACAAGUCAAUUGUCUGCAUAUUAACCGGCGGAAAUAUCGAAACAAUGACGUUGUCCCGAUGUUUAGAAAGAGCAAAAGCAAUCGAAGGACGCAUAAUAAAGUUAAGCGUACGCGUGCCUGCAAAUGAUCCACAUGAACAUUUACGGGUUUUGAGUAUGAUUGCCAACGUUGGCGGCAAUAUAAUUAAUUAUUUAUCUGAGAAAGCAAUGCCCGAAGAAGACGAGUAUGGUAUUAAUUACGUUAAAAUAUUAUGUGAAACGAAAGGUAUAGAGCAUGCUUGCACAAUCAAAAGGGUGUUGGAACGCUUAUUUCCAAAUCAGUGUAAAUUUGUAGAAGAACCUUAUAGCCCUGUUCCUAUAUGCGCCUGUUUUCCUCGAAGUGUAAAUUAGUAAAAAAAAAUCUAUAAGUGAAAUGCUAUCAAAACCU